AUAAACAGCUGUAGCGAGCUGCGGUAGUCGGGAGCGCUGGUAGUCAGUCAGCUUGUUGUCUCGUGUCGUCGUCGUCUUCGGUUGCAGGUGCGGACGGAAAUCCGACGCCCGAAUUGCGUCGUGGCUCUUGAACUUUAGCUUGGCUCGUCGAAAAAUUUCGAGACAUGUUCCGCAUUCUCGUGACAGUCGUCGCACUCUUCGUGCUGAGUGACGCGAAGCUUCAGAGGAUCCCAUUGCACAAGACAGAUUCUAUUCGAAAAACUUUGAAGGAAGUUGGCACUGAUGUACAACAAGUCCGUUUAUAUGGAGUUAGUACUCCUACGCCAGAACCAUUGUCUAAUUAUCUGGAUGCUCAAUACUAUGGCGUGAUCAGUAUUGGAACUCCACCGCAGGAAUUUAGAGUGGUUUUUGACACAGGUUCUUCAAAUCUCUGGGUGCCAUCCAAAAAGUGCAGGUUGAUCAACAUUGCUUGCUUGUUACAUCACAAGUACAACAGCAGGAAAUCCAGCACGUACCAGAAGAACGGUACUGAAUUCGCCAUUCGUUAUGGAUCUGGCAGUCUGUCUGGCUUCUUAUCUACUGAUGUGGUCACUGUAGCUGGGUUGAAUGUCCAAAGCCAAACAUUUGCGGAAGCCGUCAAGGAACCAGGUUUGGCCUUUGUCGCCGCGAAAUUCGACGGUAUACUAGGAAUGGGUUAUUCUACGAUAUCCGUCAACGGAGUGACUCCUGUCUUCUACAAUAUGGUGAAACAAGAAUUGGUACCGAAACCUGUUUUCAGCUUUUAUCUCAAUCGCGAUCCUGAAGCUGAGGUGGGCGGUGAAAUGUUGCUGGGUGGUUCCGAUCCUGAUCAUUAUGAAGGCGACUUCACGUAUGUUCCCGUUAGUCGCAAAGGAUAUUGGCAAUUUGCCAUGGACAGUAUUCAAGUAGGUAGUCAAACCGUGUGUGCGUCUGGUUGUCAGGCUAUCGCCGACACGGGCACCUCUUUGAUAGCUGGGCCAGUCGACGAUGUCGACGUUAUUAACAGAGCAAUCGGAGCUACCCCUAUUAUAGCUGGAGAGGCGAUAGUGGACUGUAAUACGAUUGAUCAGCUGCCCCCCAUUGAAUUCACUUUGGGUGGUAAGAAAUUCACUCUCACUGGUAAAGACUACGUUCUUCAGAUCAAGCAGUUCGGCCAGACAGUCUGCAUGAGCGGCUUCAUGGGUAUGGAUAUUCCUCCACCGAACGGACCGCUAUGGAUUCUAGGCGACGUGUUCAUCGGCCGCUACUAUACCGAAUUCGAUAUGGAGAACGACCGGGUGGGAUUCGCCGUGGCGAAAUGAAAUAUUGAUUUUGCCUCUUUCCAACAUUUACCGUUAGGAGAUCAAAGUGUGACAGUCUCGAUAUGAAAAACUAAAUAAGAUUUAUUUAGCAUGACGACUAAACGCCUAUGCUUAUUGCCUUGCAUUACCUGAAGGACAUCUAGGAAGUAUAAUAUACUUCGGUGAUACUUUGUAAAACAUUGUUUGAAUAAAUAUGCAGUUGAUAUGUCCCAUA